UUAUGACAAAGCAUGCUGACGAACAUGGAGAGUGCUUCACGGAUUCUGUUGAAAAGGAUAGAGCUGGAAAACAUGUGUCUUUCCCUCCUGACGAGGAAAUUGUCUCAGGGUUUGCAGAGUUCAAGGACACUCAAAGAGAUGGUGGCUGUCUUACCGUGGCAGACAUUAUCUCUGCCUAUGAACAGAGUUGUGAGAAGCAUCAAGUCGAGCCCAGCCUCAAAGCUGUGGAGCAGAUCAAGCGAGUUGCCACUGUUGGCACAAGAGCUGGAUGUCUUGAUCUACGAGGAGAACAGCUUGAUUACUGCUCAUGUGAAUCUCUUGAAGAUAUUUUGAAAUUCAUACAGUUUGAUUCUAUCAAUCUUCAAGAGACAGAGCUUGAGGAAAAUGGUGCCUCAUCCUUGCUGGAGAUGAUUUUGUACUACGACUCGGCAUGUCAGCUCAACAUUUCAUCAAACGUGCGUAUGGGCCCUGCAGGCUGGGAAGCCCUUGCACACCUUACUCGACAGAGCAGCUGCCUGUGGAGGCUGGAUGCGUGCAACAUGCCGGUGGUGGAGUACCCGGCGCAGGCCCUGUCAAAGGCCCUCCUCGCCAGCAGGCUGACGGUGCUGCACCUGGAGAGGGCCAGCCUCAGCGGCAGACCACUCUUCACUCUCGUGGGGACCCUGAAGCAGAACGUGGUGCUCCAGGAGCUCAGCCUGGCCGGUAAUGGCCUGAACAGCUACCAGGACGCCAUGCAGCUGGGCGACCUCCUGAGCAGCAACCGCUGCCUCCGCUUGCUGGACCUCAGCAACAACGUCCUAGCUGAUGAGGGUCUAGAGGAGAUAUGUGCAGGGCUGACAUCUCCGCAAUCAGGUCUGAGGUCUCUGGUGCUUCUCGACAACCAGAUCACACAUGCCGGCAUGGUGCCUUUAGCAAGUGUUUUGCCUGAUUUAAAGACACUUGAGAGUUUAAAACUAGACCAGAAUCAGCUGCAGAAUGAGGGUGUCCACAUCCUGAAGGAAGCCCUGAUGAGGAACAGGUCCAUUUUAGACCUCGGUCUAGCAGACACUCAGAUCACCUGUGAAGGUGCCGUGGCCUUGGCCGAGUUCAUGGCGGAGAGUCCACAGAUACGGCGUCUGGACGUUCGUAGGAACCAUAUCCUCUGCGGGGGCGUGAUGGCCAUCUCUCUGGCCCUGAGAAUCAACCGCUCGCUUAUCGCCGUGGACCUGGACCAGGCGACAAAGCCGGAAAAGGAGGAGUUUCUGAUUGAAACCCAGCAGAGACUCUUGCGUAGCAUCUCUGAUCUGUGUGCAGAGAAGAAGAGAACAGAAAAGGAGAAAGAGAAAGAGAAAGAAGAGGCAGAAGAGAGAGAAAGAGAGGGAGACAGAGAAAAGGAGACGGAGAUAGAGAAGGAGAUGGAGAAGUAACAGACUCAGGGGGCGGCCAGAGAGACGAGUCUGAGGCUCACUCCACAAA